GUGUUUUCUCUCUCCGGGACUUGCAAUCUUCUUCUUCAGAACAGCCCCGUCCAGCCAUAGAAUAGCCCCUGCAUAUCCAGCACAGCCUGUGGCUUCAAGAUCGACACAGCAAUAUCUAUACGCGCACAUACAAGAAACUCGCGAUGCCGCUUGGUCCGCCUGUCAACCUGCCCAAGUGGCUCGAGGAGAACUCACACCUCCUCAAACCACCCGUCAACAACUACUGCGUGUAUAACGAAGGCUUCACAGUCAUGAUCGUAGGCGGCCCCAACGCCCGCACAGACUACCACAUCAACGAAACCCCAGAGUACUUCUACCAGCACAAGGGCGCCAUGAUGCUCAAGGUCGUCGACACCGUCCCUACUGCUGCGGCUGCUGCUGCUGCUUCUUCAUCUGGCGCUGGCACCACCACAAAGCAGGUUUUCAAAGACAUCAUCAUCCGCGAGGGCGACAUGUUCCUCCUCCCCGCCAACACGCCGCACAACCCCGUGCGCUUCGCCGACACGGUCGGCGUGGUGCUCGAGCAGCGCCGGCCCGAGGGCAGCCUGGACCGGAUGCGCUGGUACUGCCAGUCCGACACCUGCGCCGGCAACAGCACCGGUGGUGGGACAGAGGCAGAGGCAGAGGCUGAGGCUGAGGCGCCCACCAUCGUCCACGAGGCGAGCUUCCACUGCACGGACCUCGGCUCGCAGAUCAAGGAGGCCAUCGCGGCCUUCAUGGCGAGCGACGAGAAGCGCAAGUGUCCCCGGUGCGGGACGCUGGCCAGCUCCCUGCCCAGGGAAGGGUCGAUCCAGGACCCGAAUCUUGUUUCCGCCGCUGCUUGAAUCCCCCCAUCCCCCACGCACACUUUGGGGAUCACGUUCGCCAGAGUUCAGCAAAUAGGCUCAAGAUGUGAAGGGAGGUUCAAACCAAAGUUGCCAUGAUUAUUAUGCUAUAACUACCUAUAACUAUGCCAAAUCCUCGUACGGUCUCGAUCCUG